UCGGGGGCGGGAGCGGGCUUGCUGCGGAAAGGCCUGCGGAGGGCACCGGGAGCGGGCGGGCUGGCGGACGGACAGACGGACACGGCCUGCCGCGGUCCCUGACGCGCGCCGCUUGGCCCCUCCCGGGCGCCCUCCCCACCGAGGCAGGGGCAGAGGCGCGGCGGCGGGGAGGAGGGGGCGGCGGCGUCUGCGCGCACACGCGCGCUCCCACACACACAGACACACGCGGGCCACCCCACGGCCACGCGCCACGCACCCCGCACCCACACCCGCGCUCACACUCACAUUCACACUCACACUCACACGCGCAGGCCCCGCGGCCGCCGCUUCCCGGAGGCGGUGCUUGGCCCGGAUCCCGGCUGGGGCUGGGAAGGAGAGGACUUGGGUGAGGAGCUGCUGCCACCCGGGCUGGGCCAGGACCUGAGAUCUCAUUGCUACUGCUGCCGCUGCUGCCUGGGGGACCUUUCUGAGACCCAGGUCAGGGACAGUGCCGGAGGGGCCUCCUCUGCUGCAGACGUCUGAGCAGAGACGACUGGCCGCCCUGAGCGCAAUUCAAUUCAACAGACAUUUACUGAGUGCCUACUAUGCGCCAGGCCUUAGGCUGGGCACUGGGGGAGGGGCGCAGACAGGAAGAUGGGGUCCUGUCCUCAGGUAGCUCCAGGCGGGGGAGGGGGCAUGGAGAAGACAGGCAAGGGCUAAACAGCUCAGCACCAGGAGAGAAGCUGCUUGGUGGGCUGGAUGCAGCAGAGACCCGGGUUCAAGUGCAUCACUGGAGAGCUGCUGUUCCUCGUCCGCACCUCAGUUUCCCCUACUUGUAAAAUGGGGGAGAUGAUCUCUAGGACCCAUCCAGGAUUCCAAGGGCUAUAGCUCGGGGUUGUGGGGGCAGAGCAGGGGGGUCACCCUGCAGAAGGGAGAUCUCCAAAGGCUUCUCAGAGGAGGAGGCAUAAGGUCUUGGCCCAGGGGAUGGGGACAGGUGGGAAUGGGUCCCAGGGUUAGUACCAGCUAAUCGCUAGUGAGUAACGGCCUCGUGGAUAUGGGUGUGGGCGUGCCCUCAAUUCCAUAGGGUUGCGAGGGGACAUGGUGGGGUGUGAGCUUAGAGAGGGAGAGAGGGGUUCUAGGGCCACAGGUUGGGGUGUGAGCUCUAUUCUGGGGCCAGUGGGAGCCAUUGUGGGCUGUUGAGGGAGAGUCAGGAACAGCUGGUCCUGCUCUGUCUCACCCUCUUCUCUCUCCCUCUCUGGGGCACACUUCAGGAUCACAUUCCCAUAGAACCUUGCAGCCAUGUGGCCUUGGCAGCACCUGCACUGUGCCAGGCACUGUGUACAUUAGUCCUCAUUGCGGCCCCAAUUCACAGAGGAGGACGCAGAGCUCUGAGAGGAAGCUCUUGCCCAAGGUCAUAAUCUGACCCCCAAGCCCCGCAUGCUUCUCCCACUACCUCCCCCUGAAAGAGUUCCUAUUCUCUGUGACCUCUCCCAUCCUGGGGACGCCCCCCACAAAGCCCCGGGGAGUGCCUGCCAAGGGCAAUGCAGUUGGGUUUGGAGGGUGAGGUCAGGAAAAUCCCAGAUGUUAGCAGGACUGGCUUUCUCCAAGACCUGAGUUUCUGCCCUAUCAGCCACCCUCUGGGAUAGAGAGUGAGGCGGGGCUCCUUCCCACUUUACAGAUGAGAAGACUGAGGCCCUGAGGGUCAUGUGGCUAGUCCAAGGUCAAACUCAAGGGAGUGACAGCCUAGGCUAGAAGCUGGUCUCUUUAUUGCCCAACCGAGGCUGGAGGGAGGCUGAAGUCCCCUGAGAUCUGUGCAAAAGCUGACCCCUCCCCGACCUCCCCAGGGAGCAGAAGAGCCCAGAAGAGCACUGGAGUCACAGACCUGGUUCAAAUCCUGGUUUUGUCUUUUGCAUGAACUGUGUGAUCUGAGCAAGUCAUGAAUUACUUGGAGCCUCGAUUUCCUUAUCUAUAUGAGGGCGGCGAGCUGGCCUCCUUCACUCAGCCAUGAACAAAUAUUUAUUGAGCACCUACUAGGAGAAGCAGGACCCUUCCUCGGGGAACUCAGUCCAGAGGUAGCAGCAGCAUUUAUGAUUCCGGUUGUGAUGGAGGAAGCGCAGGGGGCUGUGGGGACCCACAGGAGAGACCCCGGCCAGGUUGGAAGAAGGCAGGCAGGUAGGAGGGCAGAACAGGCAGCGGCUCCCACAAGACCAUGUGGGCUGGGCUCUGGAUGCUGUUGGAAUUUUCCCAGAUCAGCCCGAGCCAACGAAGACUUUUCAGCAGGGAGUGCCAUGCUCAGGUUGAUGUUCUAGAAAGUUCAUCUUCUGCUGGGUGGAGGGGGCAUGGAGUGGGGAGGUAGGGUUGGAGGUAGAGAGACCAGCAGGAGCAGCAGGGGGAGGCGGCGGCACCAAGGUGGGACUAGGGGCAGGUGGGGAGGUGUGGGUGACUCUCACCGUGUCUGGGAACUGGGAGAGAAGCAGGGGAGGAGGGGGAAGGGGCCGUGGGAGAUGAGUCCAGCCGUGGAGGUGGACAUGGAUGAGUGAGUUUCAGGUGCCAGGGAAGGGCCCCGGAGGCAGCUGGGUACGGUGAUUUGGGUGUGGUCAGCCCAGAGCUGACAUUAGAAGCCUUGGGAGGGGUUGAAGGGCUCUUGGGGUAGGGGAGGGGGAAGCGGGUUUGAGAGAGGCAGUGAGCAGGGACCAGGACAUCAGGGGAGGCCACUGCUUGGCUUACAAGCAGAGGAGCCCGAGGGGUCGCGGCCUGGGAGGUCGCGGGAAAGCAAAGCUGCAGGUCCCCAGCCCAGGAAGAAGGUGGCAGGACUUAGGUCUGCGGGGAGAUUUCAGAAGGCGACAUGUCAGGCGCUGUGCCUGGCACCAGCGCGGAUGAGGUGCUCAGGAGGGUCAGCUCCUGCAUCUUUUCACCUGAAGGCAGAAGCUUAGUCUGUCCCUUACCCUCCUGAGGAGGACGAGGAGGCUACAGAGGGGGAAGGUGUCAGGGAAGGAGGAAAAGGGGAAAAACAUUUGCAAGCAUGACAAGGCUGAAGUGAGGGAGAGAGAAAGGGGGAGAAAGAGGAAAAUAAAUUACCAUACACCAGGAUCUUGUUAUUCAAGCUAAUUUUCAAAGGACCACAGCUGUCACACUGAGAUAAUUCGUUAAUUAUAACAGCCAUUGUGCUUUGGCGAUGGGAGAGAAACCAAGGCCGGGGAACAGGCUGAAGGUGGGGGUGGGAGCAGGCUACUGGGGGGCCUGGACAUCAGAGAGGGGACAGGGACAGAGGCAGAGAGGGGUGUGUUGCCCUCGGGACUGAAAGGAAGACAGGCCAGGCCCCAUCCUUCCUCACUGUCAUUGUUGCGGUGGGUAAUGAGGUCCUCCUGCCUGCCUGGCAUGUGCCACGGUGCCACGCGCCAGACCCCCACAGCCAUACCUGCAGGAGGCAGCUUCCUGGAGCUGUGACCCUGCCCAGACCGUGGCCUGUGGCCAUCCCCUCCAUGGCCCUCUGAGCUGGUGCCCUUCUUGUCCCACUUUACAGAAGAGGAAACUGAGACCCAGGAAAGAUUAGCUUGCCAGGACCACGGGGUGACGUGGCGUAGCCUGGAUUCGAGCUGAAUGUGGACCCAGCGCUUUGGCAGCACGUUAGGGAGGGCCGGUCUUGGUGGAUUGGCCACGCGGAGUUGGUGGACACAGGAGCUGUCACAUAGAUAGCCUCACGUUCGGGCUGUGGUUUCUGCCCAGCCGGCGGCCCUCCCCGGGGAGUUUCCGGGGCUCGAUGUCGACCCCUCUGCACUGACAGAGCCUCCUUGUUCUCUGAUGCUGCAGCUGCAGGCCCCCCGUGGCCUCAGAGGCGGCCGUCAGUGUGGGCUGGACCCUCCCACCUCCUCUAGAGAAAGCUGGUCUUAGGGCCAGGGGAAGGGAAUUUGGGCCACCCCAGCUGGUGUCCAUACUGACCCCUUGCGAUCGCCUGGUUAGAGGUUCUGAAGCGACAGAAGCUGAAUGGGCUGUGGCCUCAGGAGGGGUUUCUCAGCCUGGGCCUAGAGGGCUCCAGGACCCUGGGUGCUGGGCCAUGCUAGGGACAGGGGGCUGGGGGUGUGGCAGGCAGGUGUCCCAGUCCUAGGUGAGCAGAGCGAGGGAGUCCAUGGGGAGAGGGGUGGGACCAGGGAGCCAUUCCAGAAACCCCAGGGCCCCUUGGUGAGCUGUGGUGUGGCUUCAGGAACUCAGGUCUCCUGGUGUCCACAGCGGCCAUGCCUGGAAACAGCACCUAGGCUAGGCCAGCUGGCAGUGUUCUGUGUGGUGGGAAUAAUGUUUGGGAGAGGGUAACCCUCAAACCCCAGUAGGAGCCCCAAACUUGACCCAGGCAGGGUUGUUGGCAGGGGAGAAGUGGGCCCCACAAGGUGACAGGUGGGCCUGGGGUGGCUGUGUGGGAACUCCCUUGGUUGGGGACCUCUCCCCAGUGGGGCCGCUUGGAGCCAAGGGGAAGCUGUCAGAGGGUCAGGACAGCUUAAAGUCCUGUAGAAUUGGUGACCCACAGAGGCCAAGACACAGGAGACUUUUAGGACCAAAUAAAUGGUAGAUACAUCCUAGAAUCCUUGAGCCCCAGACUCAUAACUGGAGACCUCCCUCCCCAAAUGACAGAUCCAUGCUGUUAGUAUCCUGGUGCUAAAACCCAGGAGCCACGGGUCAGGAGGAUAGGGGAGGGGAGCUCGAGGUCAGGCAGGGGUCAAGUACAGGAGGCAGGGAUCGGGGCACCCUUGGGUCCCAGGCUGAGAGGCUCAUAGGAAUACCCCUGACAGGCUGGGUUUCUACUUGUCCCCACUCUGGGGUUCCCCCUUGUUGCUGGCCUCAUAAACUCCAGUGUGGAGGGGUCAGCUGGCCUCCUAAACCAGAGAGGCAGGGAGGAGGUUGGAUGCUGCCCCGGCCUGUGCCACUGCUGUGUCUCCAGGGAUGCAGACCCAGGGAAGCCAGAUCUUCCCCGUGUCUCAGUGGAUUCCAGAAAUGAGGAUUUUUGAAAUAAAAUCUGCCAAGUUUUCAAUAUUGGCAACUGAUUAAAAAAAUGUGAAAACUACCAUCCAGAUGAAACAGGAUCCCACAGCAGCUCUUCAACGGAGCCUGGGGCCGUGGAGGCUGGAAGCCACCGCGUAGCAGUUGUGAGGCCUGUUUCCUCAUCUGCAAAGUGGGAAUAGUGAUAGUGCUUUUAAGAUGUUUAAAGUUGGCUCAGGAUUAAAUGAGUUAAUAUGGGAAGUGCGGAGGCCCAGCCAGUGCAAGCACUGAAGACUCUUUUCAUCUUGUCGGAGGCCGCCCAUCCCUCCCCGGGCUACCUCUCAGGGGGCUUCGCUCUCCGACACUGGAGCCUCCAUUUCCCCCUUGCGGUCCCCACAUGCACUGCCCCUGUCUUGGGACAGCCCUGAGGGUACUGGAGGGCAGGGAAGCGUUCGCCCCUUGGGACCCUGGAGGAGGAGCAGGUGGAGGAAGCAGAGCCAGGAGGGCGGGCCUAGCCGGCGCCUGGUACAUAGUAGGUGCUCCAUAAAUGUUUAUUGAAUGAAUGAAUGGAGGCCAUGCAGGCAGAGGCAGCCGUGCUGCGCAGGCACUGGUGAAAGAGCGGGUCCAGUGGACACUGGCCUGGAGACGGAGUAGGUACUAAAGAUGACUGUGGCACCCUGUGAACAGGGGAGGCACGGGGACCAGGAACCAGGUGCAGAUGGGUCUCUUCCUUCCUGCCCCCAUCUCUCUCACUCCCGGCUCAGUGCGGCACUCUCCAGCCUCCUGUGGGAAUCAUCUGAAGGUCUGAGCCCGGAAGCCAAGGAGGAAGACGAGGAGGAGGAAGAGGAGGAGGAGGGAGAGGAAGUCAAGCCCUGAGAACCCUUGCACCUUCCUAGCAGGAGACAAGGAGCAACGCUGUGGUGGGGAGCAGGCUGUGGGGCCCCCACCCCCAGCCAGGCCUAGUGCCUGCUGUAGCACCCUAGAAGAUCCCCAGCAGUUGGCACUAGCUGUACCCACCUUGCCUGGGGCCCCCGUGCUGGGGGUCGCCCCCAAGAUGGUGGCGGCCCCAGGGAGGACUGUGCUGCCAGCCCCAGCCUCUGGCCGCUAGGCACCCCCUGCCUUGCCCUGGCCCCUCACUCCGAGGCCAGCGCCAUGCUGCGCCUGGGGCUGUGCGCGGCGGCACUGCUGUGCGUGUGCCGGCCGGGUGCCGUGCGUGCCGACUGCUGGCUCAUCGAGGGCGACAAGGGCUACGUGUGGCUGGCCAUCUGCAGCCAGAACCAGCCGCCCUACGAGACCAUCCCGCAGCACAUCAAUAGCACCGUGCACGACCUGCGGCUCAACGAGAACAAGCUCAAAGCCGUGCUCUACUCCUCGCUCAACCGCUUUGGGAACCUCACCGACCUCAACCUCACCAAGAACGAGAUCUCCUACAUCGAGGACGGUGCCUUCCUGGGCCAGUCGAGCCUGCAGGUCCUGCAGCUGGGCUACAACAAGCUCAGCAACCUGACGGAGGGCAUGCUGCGAGGCAUGAGCCGCCUGCAGUUCCUCUUUGUCCAGCACAACCUCAUCGAGGUGGUGACGCCCACCGCCUUCUCCGAGUGCCCGAGCCUCAUCAGCAUCGACCUGUCCUCCAACCGCCUCAGCCGCCUGGACGGUGCCACCUUUGCCAGCCUCGCCAGCCUGAUGGUGUGUGAGCUGGCCGGCAACCCCUUCAACUGUGAGUGCGACCUCUUCGGCUUCCUGGCCUGGCUGGUGGUCUUCAACAAUGUCACCAAGAACUACGACCGCCUGCAGUGUGAGUCGCCGCGGGAGUUUGCCGGCUACCCGCUGCUGGUGCCCCGGCCCUACCACAGCCUCAACGCCAUCACCGUACUCCAGGCCAAGUGUCGGAACGGCUCGCUGCCCGCCCGGCCCGUGAGCCACCCCACGCCCUACUCCACCGAUGCCCAGAGGGAGCCAGACGAGAACUCGGGCUUCAACCCCGACGAGAUCCUUUCGGUGGAGCCGCCGGCCUCGUCCACCACGGAUGCGUCGGCAGGGCCAGCCAUCAAGCUGCACCACGUCACGUUCACCUCGGCCACCCUGGUGGUCAUCAUCCCACACCCCUACAGCAAGAUGUACAUCCUGGUGCAGUACAACAACAGCUACUUCUCCGAUGUCAUGACCCUCAAGAACAAGAAGGAGAUCGUGACGCUGGACAAACUGCGGGCGCACACUGAGUACACCUUCUGCGUGACCUCGCUGCGCAACAGCCGCCGCUUCAACCACACCUGCCUGACCUUCACCACGCGGGACCCCAUCCCCGGAGACUUGGCGCCCAGCACGUCCACCACCACCCACUACAUCAUGACCAUCCUGGGCUGCCUCUUCGGCAUGGUUAUCGUGCUGGGAGCUGUGUACUACUGCCUGCGCAAGCGGCGCAUGCAGGAGGAGAAGCAGAAGUCUGUCAACGUCAAGAAGACCAUCCUGGAGAUGCGCUACGGGGCUGAUGUGGAUGCCGGCUCCAUUGUGCACGCCGCCCAGAAGCUGGGCGAGCCUCCCGUGCUGCCCGUAUCUCGCAUGGCCUCCAUCCCCUCCAUGAUCGGGGAGAAGCUGCCCACCGCCAAGGGGUUGGAGGCCGGGCUGGACACACCCAAGGUAGCCACCAAAGGCAACUAUAUCGAGGUGCGCACAGGCGCCGGCGGGGAUGGUCUGGCUCGGCCCGAGGAUGACCUCCCGGACCUCGAGAACGGCCAGGGCUCGGCUGCAGAGAUCUCCACCAUUGCCAAGGAGGUGGACAAGGUCAACCAGAUCAUUAACAACUGCAUCGAUGCUCUCAAGCUGGACUCGGCCUCUUUUCUGGGAGGCGGCAGCAGCAGUGGGGACCCCGAGCUGGCCUUCGAGUGCCAGUCCCUCCCUGCAGCUGCUGCCGCCUCCUCAGCCACUGGCCCCGGGGCCCUGGAGCGGCCCAGCUUCCUUUCGCCUCCCUACAAGGAGAGCUCCCACCACCCACUACAGCGCCAGCUGAGCGCCGACGCGGCCGUGACCCGCAAGACCUGCAGCGUGUCGUCCAGUGGUUCCAUCAAGAGCGCCAAGGUCUUUAGCCUGGACGUGCCCGACCAUCCGGCCGCCACAGGGCUGGCUAAGGGCGACUCCAAGUACAUCGAGAAGGGCAGCCCCCUCAACAGCCCGCUGGACCGGCUCCCGCUGGUGCCGGCGGGCAGCGGCGGGGGCAGCGGCGGGGGCGGGGGCAUCCACCACCUGGAGGUGAAGCCGGCCUACCACUGCAGCGAGCACCGGCACAGCUUUCCCGCCCUGUACUACGAGGAGGGUGCCGACAGCCUGAGCCAGCGCGUGUCCUUCCUCAAGCCGCUGACCCGCUCCAAGCGUGACUCCACCUACUCGCAGCUCUCCCCCAGACACUACUACUCAGGGUACUCCUCCAGCCCCGAGUACUCAUCCGAGAGCACGCACAAGAUCUGGGAGCGCUUCCGGCCCUACAAGAAGCACCACCGGGAGGAGGUGUACAUGGCCGCCGGUCACGCCCUGCGCAAGAAGGUCCAGUUCGCCAAGGACGAGGAUCUGCAUGACAUCCUCGAUUACUGGAAGGGGGUCUCCGCCCAGCAGAAGCUGUGACCCCCCACUUCCUCCCUGGUGAGGUCGGAGCCAGAGGGCUGGGGGCCUUUUGGGGGAAGGGUCCAGGCGGCCAGGGCGGGGAGCAGACUCGGGGGCCAAGGCCCAGGAGAGGACGCACAUGCAGACCUACACGCACGCACGCACACACACACCUGACCACCACCCGACUGUGAACAAACCAACAUCCGACAAUAACGGACAGGAAAACAGAGACACAUUUUCCUUAAAGUUUACAAACUGAUACUGAAACCAGUCGUCUUUACUGUGCUGCCCAGGGACUCUGCUGGGGUGUGCAGGGCUGGGGGGCUGGCGGGGGGAGGAAGGAAGCCAAGAGAGGGUGUGGGGUCUGGGGGUCUGGGGCUAGAAACAGGUGUGGGGAUCAAGAAGGCUAGGGUAGAGAGGGACUGAAGCCCCUCUAGGGCAGGGAGAGGGUCCCUUCCCAAGCUGGGAGUCAAGUCACCUGCAGAUUUAGCAUUAGACAUCGGGCAAUGUCUCCCUCCACUUUAGAGAGGGGGGGAAACUGAGGCCCAGAGAAGGGAGUUGACAACCCCAGGGUCACACAGCAGCUUAGCCUCAAGUCCCCCAACUUCCCAGCCCAGUGCUGUCCCGGAACCCCCUGCAGCUCUCUUGUGGACCCCUGCCCGCCCUGUGCCCACCCCACAUCCCUUUCCGAAGCUGUGGUCCCUUGGGGCUGAGGGACUUGAGAAUCAGGCAGGUGCUUUUUCUUCCUAGAAAGCCACAUGGCAGUGCCCCCAGAGUGUGCAGCUGUGAUUCAGAAUCCUAGGGGGCUUUUGCCCCCUAUGCCGGCACCCGGGAGAAGGGAGAGGGUCCUGUUGAUGGGAAAGGAGCCGAGGCAGGGCGACAUUCCACCAGCCCACUUCAAGUGUCUUCCACGUGGCCUGGGAAGAGUGGGGCGUGUGGCGGGCAGGCCAGCUCCCAGGACAUCUCAGGUGCAGGCUCCCGGCCCCAGCUUCUCUGGUCCUCCGAGACCCCUGCCCACCGCAGAAGGGCAGCGGUGCACUGUGAUGCCUGGAGGGCUGCAGGGAGGAGCUGUCAUGGGGGACUUCCUGCCUGUCCCCAUGGCCUGUGUCCCCACCUGCCCGACCCCAUUGUGGGAUCUCGGCUCCUAUCUCAGCCGCCCACCCGGGGAAGGAGGGCUUUCUCACCCAUCCCCUCUGGGCUGCUCAUCCAGGCCCGGCCCCCUGGCCAGAGGGGCUCCCAUGUUUCCAUGGCAAUGGCCACUUCCCUCUUUCUGACCCCCCACCCAACAUCAAACAAAGCACAAACAGUGAGGCCCCCACCUGAGAGAGGGUUGAGGAGCAGGCUGGGUUCGUGGCGCCCCAGCCCCUCCCAGCCAGCCUCUGUCACCAUGGUAACCCUGUGCCUGGCAGUUGGUGCCCAGAGUGACCGUUGGGCUCGGGGGUUCUCUGUCCAUGUAGGCGGUGGCAGAGGGUGUUGAGGGUGGUGAGGGAGGGCCAGCCUGGCAGCAGCUCCUGGGGCCAGCUCUUUUGGGAGGCAAAUCUGGGGUCCUGAGACUGGGGUCUUGACCAGUCAGGAUGCUGAUGGGCUGGAGUCCAUCAUCCUUCACCUCUGGGUGGGAGCUGGCCCAGCGGGGUGUGGGGACGCCUCUACUAGCAGCUUUGCCCGCCUAGCAACAUGUCGCUUGGCUGCCACCCACCUCAGCUUGGGGGGCCCCGGCUCUCCCCACACCCCUGCCAGAGACCCCCAGUCUAGGGCCUGUGGCCCACAUGGGUUUCCUGAGAUUUGGGGAGUGUGACUGAGGGGCGAGGGUGGGCACUGGAAUGGGUCCAAGACCGGCACUGUUGGUGGGCAGGGGCUCUGACCAGGAAAGCGAGUGCCAUCCCCUGGGGACCCCAACGACCUUCCUGCUGGGGGCAGGGGGUGGGGGAGGACAGCAGAGGGCUAGGAGGCUCGGGCUCAGCUGAGUACCUCUCUCACACCAACUUUGGGGUUAACGAAGCCCAGGGCUCACUUUGAGGGUGACAUUUGCAAAGGAAAGACUGUUCUCCUGGGGCGAGGAGGGGAGGGGGCGGCAUGGAUACGCGGAGCAGACCUCCUCCCCCGGCCCCCAAAACCUGCCCCCCAACCCCUCCUCACACCCCGUCGGCACAACUGAGAAAAGCAAGCAGGCAGAGAAGCCAGGGGUGUGAGGAAGCAGACUCCCUGUUAUAUUUGCAUGACGAUUUUACUGUAUUUUUCUGAGCAGACAUCUGUCGUGUAUGUGCCAGUUUGUCCAGACUCCCCCGCCCCCUCUCUGAUGCCCUGCUUUCUCACAUUCUGUCUGUUGUGAUCUGACGAGCAGCUCUUGAAACCCAGGGAGGGGUCAGCUCUGCAAAAACAGACCCAAAACAGGUGCCACCAAGACACAGCCCUGCCCCACACCCACCUCCUGUGUUUCUGAGCAUUGGGCCCAUGUGCCACCUCCCUUCCUCCCUCCCUCUCUCCACUGCCACCUCCCUUGUCCCCAGUUCCUUCCCCUCCUCCAUGCCAGGGAGGGCAGCCCCAGGGAAGCCUCCUCAAGGGCUCAUGUCCCGGUGGAAGGGACUGUCUGUCCGUCCCGCUUGUUCCCGUUUUGCAGAUGAGGAAGUCAGGGCUCCCAGACGGGCCUGGUGACUUGGCUGGCCAGCUGGGGUGGAGGAUCAGUCACACUGCUGAGUGUAGGAGGCCAGGAGCUUGGGGCUUCGUGGGGGGCUUCAGGGAGAGGGUGGGGGCUUUGAGAAAGGAACCCGUGGGAAGAAGGAGCACGCCUGGGCUGGGCCCCAGGGAGGGUUCCCAGCAGCAGGAGUUAGGGGCCUGCGCUUGCCAUUUCCCCAUCCUUUCUGCGUGAAGAUACUUAGGAAACCUCAGACUCUCUGACUGCAGGGACAGGGGCCCUUCCAAAGAGCAGGACUCUGAUGAUCCAGGAGGGGAACUGGCCUUGAAGACCCAGUUCAUGUGGUUCCUUGUGAGGCAGAGUGGGGUCUAAGACUCGGGUCUCUGGCCUCCCAGCCAGGCCAGAGCCCCAACUGCUCAGCCUGGGGAGAGCCCACCCGGAGGCUGGCCUGCAUCUGUGUCCCACGUCCUGCUCAGGAUGAGUUUUUCCCAGGCGGGAGGGAAGUAUUCACAAAACGUUGCCAUCCAAGGUCUGGGUUUGUGAUGAUGAUGAGCAUGGUGGAGCUGGGCUGUGGUCUGGGGCAGGCCAGCAGGGCAGACACCAGGAAAAGAGGGCAGGGGGGCCACAGGGAGGGAGGGGAGAUGGAGGCCCGGUGGAGCGAGGGAUGUGUGGGUGCCACGCCCUGGACCUCUGCGGGGAGGCCUCCUGCCUUGGGCCCGAACGAGGUCACACCUGGGCUUGCCUGCCUCUGUUGGAGAAUCUCCUCUGAAGCUGUUUCUGGGAAGUAGCACAAUGGGUCUGCUCCUUCCUGGAGGGCACAGCAGGUGCAGCUAACCCUCUGUUGGAGCUUAUGGCCUUCCAGUAGCAAAACACAGAGGUCUGGCAUGAAGGCAAGAAAGCCUGGUUGGUGGGGAAACCUCGUCACAGGUCCCGGCCUUGCUUCUCCCCGCAGCAGGAAGUCUCUCUCUCUGCCCACCAAAGAUCCCUCACCUGGGCUCCCCUCCUGGGGCAGUGCAGGAGGCCUGUGGGAGUAGCCUGUGUCCAGGCUGGGGAGCCCGUGUUUGGGUAGGUCUGGGAAAAGGGCUGUCAGGGGAGCGAGGAGGGUGGGAGUAAAAAGACCUGCUUGGGAAGGCCAGGCCUGGAUCGUCCCCGGGAGGCAGCUGGGGCAGCAGCAGUGGGGCGUAUCAGGCUGGCCGAGAGUCACCCAUGUUCUCAACUGGAAGUUGGUUGCCUGCCCCACUCCCUCCUGGAAAUGUAACAGAGGGGGGAACAGAAGUGCAGAGACGGAAAGGAGAGGAAAGGAGACCUAGAGCUGACAAACUCGGUUGUGACAGUGCUGAGGCUGGGAUGGCAUCAGGAAUUAAGGACACCAGUGACAGGUCCUAGCUUAUAAGGGGCCUAAGUGCAGGGAAGGGAUAAGACACAAUGCUCCCUAGUGACUGGCACCUUGCAGAAAAUCAAAAUAGGGUGAUGGGGUGGGGAGGGGCAAGGCUGGUCAGGGAGCAUCCUGUGUGGGAUGGGGGGACAGGGAGCCAAGCUGUGAAUGACAAGAGGAGCCAGAAGGGUGGGUGGGUGGGUGUGAAGACGAGACUAGAGGGAGUGGGGUUGCAAUGGCUGCCUGUCCCCCAGGCACCGCCUCUGUCCCCCACUACCCUGCCCCUGCCCAUUCCUGGCCCAGCAGAGCCCCCUUUCCAUGAGUGUGGAUGGGCGGGGCAAGCCGUCGGGGAGCCUGGGGAAGCUCAGCCCUGAGGGGCUUACUUUGCCCGUGGAAGCCAGUGUGAAGGUUAGGGCAGCCUUGCCUGGCCCCAUUGCCACCUCUCCUGUCUGACAAGGUGGCUGCUCCAGAGGUGGCUGAGCCCCAGGAGAGGGACCUCCUCUAACUCUCACGCUCAGAUUCCAUCCUGACACACUCCUUCCCUGACCCUGGGUCCUCCCCCUUCUAAGACAAAACCAGGGUCCCUACUGCUUGCCUCCAGAGGCGGCUUCAGGCCUCACUAAAGCUCAGGCAGUCCUGCUGAGCAGGAGGGAGAGGAAGGGGGUCCUGUAGGACGGGCAGGAUGGUCUGGGCCUGCUCCUCCUUCCUCUGCCCCUCUGCCACUCCACACUCCAGCACAGGGCUGGGACAGGGGCUUGGAGUUCCUGCAGUGGUGGCCGCACUUCCCUCCCUCCCUCCCUUCCUUCCUCAGGAGCCGCCAGUCCCCAAGUUGGCUGUGGUUGGGCACCUGGUUUGGGUCCUGCAGAGCUGGGCUCAGGCCCUGGGCUCUGAACCUGUGAACCCUUGCUGUGUUACGAACCUUUCCUUCCUCUGAGGGCCUUGAACCCUCUCCUUUUCUUCUUUUGGGGGUGGGGGUUAACUUUAUUUUCUCUUCCCUGUAUCUGCCUCUCCCUUCCCUCAAUUUCCUGUUUUAAAACUGAAUGGCACGAAAUUGUUUUCCUCAACUCGGAGAUUCCUGUAUGGAGAGAAUCAAUUUCUAUAUUUGCAAUAAAUUUCUUAUUUAAAGCUA